GCGUCCAGCCCAUGGCCCCCACGAGCCCCGAGACGUGGACGGUGGAUAGCCUCCCUCCCCGCUCUAUAAAUCACGGGACUGCGCACCAACCUUCCCUUCCAAAGCAGAGCAAGUGCAGAUCAGAUCAGAUCAAGGCAGAGACACAGAGCAGAGCGGAUAAACUCGAGGGAGAUUCGAUCAUCACCACACCAACCAUGUCGUGCUGCGGAGGCAACUGCGGGUGCGGAUCUGGCUGCAAGUGCGGCAACGGCUGCGGAGGGUGCAAGAUGUACCCUGAGAUGGACGAGGGGGUGAACACCACCUCCCAGACCCUCAUCAUGGGCGUCGCCCCCUCCAAGGGCACCCCGUCCUUCGAGGCCGCCGCCGAGACCGGGGCCGAGAACGGAGGGUGCAAGUGCGGCCCCAACUGCACCUGCAACCCGUGCACCUGCAAGUGAUCCAUCAAAUCAGGGCAAGGAGACGGCAUGGACGGACCUGAUGAAGGAGCACUAGUUGUUGUUAUGCAUGGUGUGUGCGUGUGUGUUUCCUUUUUAAUUGCCACCGAGAAUAAGACGAGAUCGAUCGUACCGUGCUAGUUAAUGGCUUAUGUGUGCCCCUUGUGGCCUGUACCGUGUGGUGUGUAAGGCGUCGUCUUGUGUUGUGAUGCGCCUUUUCCUACUGUUCUAGUUCCCGUCCUGAUGUGCCUUCCUCGUCUUAUCUACAUAUAUGUAGACAACAAUAGUUUGGAGUUUCUGUCUAUGUAUUUGUAUCUGUAUCA